UUUCUGCGUCCUGAUUGGCUGUAGACCAUUGUCAAUCAAUCCCCUUCCUGCCCUCCUGCCACGUCUCCUGUGUCAUCGCUAGCUUGCUUGCUUGCUAGCUUGUAAAUGAAUGUUGGCUAUGGUGAGGGGUUUUCACUUACUGCGGGCUAUUUUGGGAACCUAUCCCCCGCGAUAAACGAGGGAACACUGCAAUUAAAAUUCAUUAUUAUUUUUUUUUAUCAAAUAAAAAAUACAGAAAAUGUAACAUUUGUUGUAUACACAUAUUUAACCAUACUGAUUUUAGCAACAUGUGUAAGCAAAUUUGUGAAUAAUAAAAGGAAAAAUAUAUAGAAUUCAAAUUUGCCACAUUUUUUUGUUGCUGUUUAAUGUUAAUGACUUGACACGUUGCUGAAGAAAUGUGCAUGUCUGUUUGUAUUCAGGCAGUUUUGUAACGAUAAGAUGUUUUCUCACACUCGCUGAAAUGCGAUCUUGCACCCUCUGGGGGUUUCCCGAAAAGCUGCUUUUUUAUAUACAAAUACUCAAUAUAAAUACUCCUGAAUACACAAAGGAAGCUGGCUCAUGUCACCUAAUAUUUUUAGUUCUUGUAAUUAAAGUGCAAAUGCUACUAAAAUGUAUCCCGUUUGCUCCAAAGUCAAAACAAAGCACCUGAAAGUUGAUAAAUCAAGUGCAUUUUUUGUGUGUGUGUGCAUCCAUCAAACAAGUCCAUACAUUUGCGACUCCAGCGGAUGUCAUCGAUCUUUAGGGUGACGAGCCGUCAUCGCCGCCGUGUUUCCGCAUCAACACCAAAAAUGUUCUGGGAAGCUUUUGUCAUUUCGACGAGUCGGUUAGCGUGUGUUUAUUCUGGAAGCUGCCUCCACCUUUUGGGGAUCGUCCCACCCGUUUCUCACGUACUUGUCUCAACAAACGGCCUCUCGAUUGGCGCUCGUGUCCCUGGGAUUGAAACCUCAGAAGGCAAAGGUGUUGCAACAUGUCAGCAGGCGGGGAGGAGAGACGCUCGUGCUCACGCUCAAGAAGACGGUAGGACACGACAACGAUGAUCCUGAUGAGAGACGAGGUUGCAUGUUCUUCCAGCUGAGGUGGAGGUCAUGUGACGGGAGGAAGGGGAGGAGAAAGCGCAGGACUAGAGCCGGAUCAGCUCGGAGAUGUUCGGACCGGGUCAACUGGUCUCCGCUCUCCUGCCUGCGGUCUUCCAUGCGCCCGGCGUGGCCCAGUUUUUGCCCGCUUUCCCGGCCCGGUCUCCCAUUCUGAUCCCGGGACCCUUCAUCAGCUAUGAGUCCCUCAGGAGUUACCUGCAGCCUGAGCCCUGCAAGGAGGCGCUGCUCCUGGCCUCGCAGGCUGUGGUCAUGGGUCAACUAACCGAGGGCAUGGUCGAGCAGAGGCCGGUGAAGCAGCGUCGCGCCCGCGCCAACUACAGCAGCUGGCAGCUGGAGGAGCUGGAGAAGGCCUUCGAGACCACACACUACCCGGAUGUCUUCAUGAGGGAGGCCCUGGCCCUCAGGUUGGACCUCAUGGAGGCCAGAGUGCAGGUUUGGUUCCAGAACCGCCGUGCCAAGAUGAGGCGUCAGCUGAAACUCAAGGGCCAGCGUGCCGAAUCUCAUCCCAAAGGCGAAGAUGCUGACAUGUCGGAUAAAGCCACCGGGAGUUUAAAACAUCACAUGGACGCUUCCCACAGUGAGUGCUGGCCCAGAGGACAGGAGGACGGCGAAAACGACAACUACCCUUGGACGAAAGCUGCCAGCGCCACUCCGAGCGCCAUCAUGGAAGCGACGGGUCAGGGGUUAGGGAAGUGGGAGGGGCCCAGUUCGGAGCAGCUGCGCUCGUGCAGCAUCGCCAAGCUGAGGGCCAAAGCCAGAGAGCACGAGGCUGAGAUCCAUGGCGCUGUGAACAUGUCGAGAGGCGUCGUGGUGUCCCACACGCAGGAAGUUGACGACGUGGGCGAUGAUUGAUCAUUUUCCUGCUUCCUGUUUGUGCACGUACUCACGUAACAAGUAGACUUACUGGACACUACAUUAGGCACACCUGCAAGGUAAAGCCUCUGCCUUGUGCCUAAUAUUUUGGCAAGAAAGCAUGUAAUCAUUUUGUCAGCCACUCUCGUGGCUCGCCAUGUGUGACUUUUAUUCGGACGUCACGAGCAUGGCGGGACGCGGUCCAUUCAGUUUGACGCAUCCUUGAGCUCUGCGGCCUCCUUCGGCAGGAUGUGUGCAUGCAGCCCGGACAGAUGAACAAUGGCGGGAAAUUAAAUCAUGCGACGUGAAUGUGCACUGGCCACACAUCUACUUAUAAAACUAAAAUAUGAAUUUGCCCCUUAAAUAUUCCAAUUGUAGAAUGUAUUUAUGAACAUCAUGUGUAUCAUUGCAUAAUAAACCAUCUGUUACAA